UUCAUUUCUGUCACUACUUCCUACCUUACUGAUUCACCCUUAUACACUAAAGGAGCAGUGGGGAAUUCAUCUAUAAGGCUGAAUUGCAAUCAAAGAAAUUGAAACAUAAAGACCAGCAAGCAGUGCCAGCAAACAAAAUGAAUGUUGGCCGGCUUGAAAUACCUGCAGACCUGGCAGCUCUGCUGCGGUCAGUGAAUGGAUACCAGUCUGGGUCAGUGAAUCAGAUUGCUGAAGUUUCACCACCACAUGCUAAAGCUUCCUUCAGUCUCUCUCUUCCCAGCAAUGUCAACAACUUUCCUUUCUCUAAAUUCAUUGAACAACAUUUCCAGAUACCCGAGUUUCAGUCCCUGGAAACACCGCUACAAAAGCCUCUUACACACCUAGAGGGAGAGGAAAGCCACAUAGCUCUACAACUCUUUAAAGUGAUCUUGCGAUUUAUGGGAGACCUGGAUCUUCAAGACAAGGAGCUGAGGCUUGUGGGUAACUACAUCAUACAGAAAGGCAUCUCUAAUCCACAACUACGAGAUGAAAUAUUUUGUCAGCUCGCCAAUCAGACAUGGAAAACUCGUGACACACAAUGGUGUCAGCGUGUCUGGCUGCUGUUGGCUAACUGCUUGGGUUGUUUCUUAAGUUCACCGGAGCUUGAAAAACCACUGCUAAAGUAUUCAUCAGAUUUUGCCAUAGAGGGGUACAAAGCCAUCUGCCAGCAUAAGGCACUUAGGGCCAUACAACAAAAGCAAAGCCACCCAGGUCCAAAGCGAAAUCACCCUGCCACACAGCUGGAAUGGACAGCCACUGAAAGGAGAGGAAAGAUGGUGCUGGAGGUAUUCACUUACAAUGAGGACAGCUACACCGUUGAAGUCGACUCUUGGACUACAGGAGAAGAGCUUGCAGCCUGGUUUCAUAAAUCAAGGGAUUCUGGGGAAGCCCUCCGAGGCUGGACUGUAUCAAUGCUGACUAACGAAGGCUGGAGAGAUUUAAAUGGCACUGAUUAUGUUCUGGACUUGAUUGCAGAAACAGAAGAUAUGCAGAAUCUUCUAUCAUCCCAACCAGAUUAUCCAAUAACACCUGAAUGGGAGCAGAUUCCUCACACCUAUCAAAGCAAUCACAGGAAUGUCUUUAAUGAUAAUGAUAUGAAUAUUCCACCUGCUCCAAACAUCCAGGCACCAUUCCUUCCUCCUUCGUUCAACGCACCAGAAAUGGAAGAUGAUAUCUACGCAAGCACAAUAUAUGAAGGUUCUGAAUCCAGAAGAGGCACCUCAAUUGCAGGAAUGGAUAAUUAUGUGGAUGAUCUCUUUCAUCCUGUGCUGUCCAGUGGAACUAGUGGUCUGGAGAGACCUUCUUUGUUGAACAGAAAAAUGAAGGGAGGAGGAAAAGUAGGCCCAACUCGUACUGGAGUCUUUACAGGCGCAGGUAUGCCAACUAUGGCCCAGUAUCCCCAGAUGCCUGCCUACCCAUCCAUGCCAGUUAUGGGUGGAAUGAUGCAACCAGCCAUGCCAGCAAUGGCUCCUAUGGGUGCUAUGCCAAUGAUGCAAGCUAUGCCACCAGCUAUGAUGAUGCCUCAGGUCAUCCCGCAACCUCAGGUACCAACAGUGGAUCCCACUCAGAUAAUGGCACAGCAGCAAACAUUCAUCAACCAACAAGCCCUUCUACUGGCCCAGCAAAUGACACUUCAAGCAGUAAACAUCUCCCAGCAACAAAUUGAGAAGGAACAAGAGAAGCAGCGAAACCAGCAGCAGGAAAAGGAAUGCGAAAGGGAAAACAAGAAGGAACAACUUGGGAAAAAGAAAGACCAGGAGAAGGAGAAACCAAAACAGAGCACUUCAUCAACAUCUGCAGAUUCGAUUACGAAUUCUUCAAUUCCUCCAGCCCCUCCUCUUCCUACUGCUCCAACCCCUAAACCAAAACCAAAACCUGUUGUUACCCAGCAGCCAUUGAGUGAGCCCGAGGCUAAAUCUCAACAGGAUGAAGAUGAAGACCAGCUGGAAUCAUUCAAAAAGAAGAGAGAGUUCUUCCAGAAAAUAGGACAACAACAAGAGAGUAAACCUAAAGUGCCCGUUAAAAUACAGCUUCCCAAGCCAGAGAAACCUGAGAAAACAGCAGCUUUAGAACCAACAAAAAAUGGAAGUCCUCCAGAUAUGGUGCUAUCUUCAGACAAGGAUACUAAUCCAGAACCAAGCCAAGAAAUCCGCAGUAUUAUUAAGAUGUACCAACAAAAACCACCGCCACCGCUGCAAGCAGUAGUCUAUGAGCCAGUCAGGAAGCCAACAAACCAGUUUCUAAAGAAGAAUGACCCCAAGGAAGAAGCACUCACCAUGCUAGGAUUAAAUGAACACCGUCCUCCUGCUCCACCUCCUGAAAAGAAGAAGGCUCCAGUGCCAUCACCAGCACUUGUACAAAAGCCAACUCCUUCCACUCCACCUGUGAAAAAGCAACAUCCUCUCGAGAAUCUGUUUACACCACCGCCUCACUUGAGACCUCCACCUCCAGCACAGCUGCAUUCAGUUCUUCCUCUCCCUCCCCCUCCUCCUCCCCCUCCCAUUUCCACUAUUCCUUCUCAACCUUCCCCUCUUCUUGCUGACAUACCUCCACCUCCAAGUACUCAAGCCCCAAAUACAGUCCCAUCAAAAAAUAAACCAUUGGAAGACACCCACCUCAAGACCCAGAUGUAUCAGCUGACUGCCAGUGUCUUUUUCUCCUAUGUCAGUGUGGACUGGAAAUUGUUUCUUCGAAAGGAAGUUUUCUACCCCAAAGAAAAAUUUAAUCAUCCCUAUGUGUUAAACUUGCUAUGUAAACAGAUCAUGAGAGAUACGUACUCUGAGACUUGUUUACGAAUCUCAAAAGAAGAGAGGCGCAAGAUGAAGGAUAUGUUAGCUGAAUUUCAUGUAGGCACUGAUAUAACGUCACUGCAGGAUGAUGCAAUGAAGAAAAGGAUUGUUGUAGCAGCUCGAGAUAACUGGGCAAACUAUUUCUCACGCCUGUUCCCUGCCAGUGGUGACAGUGGAAGUGAUAUUCAGUAUCUGGGGAUUUCCCAUAAGGGUUUCAAACUGCUGAAGUUGCUAAAGUCAGCUGGAUUUCAUUCUGAACAUCUGAAGGUUCUGAGAGGCUACAGCUACGCAGAUCUGAUCUCUGUGGAAACACCCAAUCCGUCUACUUUAGAAUUCUCUUUGAAGAAUGAGAAUCUUGUUGUUUAUUCAACUAAAGCCCCACUAGUGAAAGCCAUGGUGGAACUUUUCCUGAAUGAAGUUCGAAAGGACUCAAAAUAUGUGAUGGCUAUCCAGAGCUACAUUACCGAUGACAAGAGCUUGUUGACAUUUCAAAAGGGAGAUGUUAUCCAGUUGCUUCCCAUGGAAGAGAUCCAGCAAGGUUGGCAAUUUGGCUCAAUUGGUAAUCGAUCUGGGCUUUUCCCAUCUCAUUAUGUCCAACCUACAGCCACACCAGAUUUUAGCACCAUGCAUGCAGAAAAACAAAAUGAGCGGAGAAAGAGUAUAUCAGGAUCACUUCCAGACCUGGUUUUGAACAAUAAGGAAAUUGACAAGAAGGAAGUACAGCCUACUGAAGAUGUGAACAAGAUGGCUCCUGUUCAAAGACAAGAAAGUCUUCCUGCUAGCAACGUAUCAGACACCACUGAGCACACUGCAACUACUAAUUCUAGUGAAGUUAACCAGUACACCAUGGUGGAGUUUGCUACAAAACAUUUCAGAGAAGCUGUCAGCUCGUUGGGUUGGAAAGGCUUAAGUGCUGAAGGCAGGAACCCAGCAAGCUUGGUCCAUCACACAAAGGUGCCCAUUCAGGAGUCCUUGAUCAGUUUCAGUGAUAAUGAGCUUAAUGAACAUGCCGUACAGUGUUUCUCAGCUCUAAUGAAAUUCAUGGGAGAUCAACCAUCACAAAGAAAUCAGGAUGAAACAAUCCAUAUCUACACAAUCUUACAGCUCUGUAAAGAAAUCGAGGGCCUAAGAGAUGAAGUUUAUUGCCAAGUCAUCAAACAGAUCACCAAUAAUCCCAAACCGGAAAGUUGUAUUCGUGGCUGGAGAAUAUUAAACCUUCUAACUGGAUACUUUCCCUGUUCUAACACACUGAGACCCUAUGUAACCAAGUAUCUUCAAGAAGCAGGAUUUGAACCUGGCAACAGCUAUCGAGAAAUUGCUAAGCUCUGUGAAGAGAACCUGCGGCGAUCUUUGUUAUAUGGAGGUCGAAGAAACCCCCCUUCCCAACUGGAAAUGGAAGCUAUUCUGAAAGGCCGGAGCUCCCGCAGAGUACCUGUGCAUCUACCUGGAGGAAAGCAGUACACCAUUAAACUUCGGACCUUUACAGUUGCUGCAGAAGUGUUGAGAGAGAUAUGCGCUGAGCUAGGAGUAACAGAACACAAGGCAGUGAAGGAGUAUGCUUUAUUUGUGGAAAAGAACAACGGUGAAACUGUCAGGCCAGUUCGACAAGAAGAGUGCAUCUAUGAUUUUCUGCUGGAUGACAACAAAGUCAAGUUUGGAUUCCGGCGAAUCAUGUGGAAGGAACCACUCCACUUUGAAAAUGACAUGUACAUUGAUAUUCAUUACAGUCAGGUUUUUCUAGACUACAUGAAAGAAACUUUGCUACUGCCUAGCAAAAUAAGCCACAUGGAGGAUCAGCUUGCCAAAAUUGUUGCAUUACAUUACAAGGCACAGGGAUCAGCACCAAACCCUAACCAAGAGACACUGCCAAACUUCCUCCCCAAGUCAUUAUUGGAUCGUGUGAAUGUCCCGAAGCUUCUGAAGAAGGUUAUACAGGUCCUGAAUAGCCUGACAAAAAACAGCCCACUGGAAGCUAAAGUUGUUUUCUUAGAGUUAUUGGCAACUUUCCCUUUGUUUGGGUACAAUGCCUAUCUUGCAGAAAAAUCAAGUGAACAAAAAGUGAUUGUGCCAUGCUUUGUGGCGGUGAAUCAUGAACAAAUCCAGAUUCUGAAUCGUAAAUCACAGGAUGUAUUUUUCACAAUUAAACUCCAGCAGGUUCAGGCUUUACGAACAUUACGGCCCAAUGAGGGGACAAAACUUCCCGGAAUAGAAAUUCAUUAUGGGUCUCCAAAAACUCCUCAAGCUAUAUGGUUUGAGCUUAAACAGGCAAAGGAGCUGUGUCACAUAAUAACUGCUGCCAUGAAAGAGUUUGCAUCUCACACUUAGCUUGGAUAAUCUUUGCACUAGGUUGAACACACAAACGUGAUGAGAACCCAUCACUGCUGCAAUAUUUGGGCUUCAGACAAAGACUGCAAAAACAAAGGAAUUAUGGCAGCACUGUUAAAUAUAUCUAAUCUAUGUUAUAUUUGUAUUUAUAUAAAGAAAUAACUGUAAAAUAUUAAAUAGAUCAUCAGUCAUGUCAGAGCAGAUACAGACACAUAUGCCAGAAGUUUUCACCUGGUAAUAUGAUUUGGAUGUCACUCCAAGGGCUUCAGCCUCUAGCUAUCAGGACAGUAUAAAACUGUGUGGAUACAAGACAUAUACUGCUAAAGAUGCACUUCUGUUUACUGCAAACAGACUAUCAAUUGCAGCAUUGGUAUCUUCAGACUAAAUGUUUGGGACUGAUUUUUUAUUUUAUAAUUGCAGCAGAUUUUGUUUUUAAACCCAAAUUAUUUUCUUUGAAAAUUUGGAAAAUAUUAUGUGGAUUAAGUUAAUGAUUUUGAUAAAUGAGUGUGCAUGUGAGAGAGGCUAAUGGUUAUUAAAACUGCAUUAUAAAUUUUUGCUAUUAAGUUAUUGACUGUGGCUUUGGUUUCUUUACUUCACUACUUCUAACCGUACCUGAGCCCGAGUGCCCAGUACUAUAGAAAUGUCAGAGUAACAGACUCCUGUAACACACUUUAGAUUGAAGCAGGAUCUGAAACAGCUUCUGGUUGCCAUCAUUAUAGUAAAAGUAGUUUUUAAUGCUGAAUCUUUAAAAAAAUAAAAAUAAAGUUUAACUUUUUUUAUCUUGC